AGAUACGCCUUGCCUAUUCAUCAUGCCAGCCUUCGCAGGCACCACAGCCACGUCGACCACGACGAAAGUAGAGGCCACACGCCUCGUGCUGAGAAUACCUUGCGACGGAAGACACCCAAUGGCACCUUGAACGCGGGAUAUGAUGGCGCCGCUGAGGAUGAGACACAGCCUCAUAAACAUCAACUACUACCUCUCAGCGACACAACCUCCAGCAGACCGAUCCACGCGCCCGUGCCAAAUGUAAAGCGGACAUUCUUGCAACAUCAACAACAGCAGCAGCGACACCCGGCCAAUCUCAACACAUGGAGUUCCCAAAUGGGGCCUGGCUGGCAAGCCCAGCCUCAUGCGCACUUUCCUCAGCCGUUGAGCACAUUUCCCGUGAUGGACUCCAUGUUGAACCAGAUGCCGAUGCAGCAGCACUUCAACGUCCAGCAAUAUUACGGUCAGACUGUUCCGAGUGUCAUUCAACCCUCCUUCCAGUAUCUAGGUCCUACUGCUUCAGGUGGUCAAGGCACAGGUCCGUACGGCCCAUACUGGCAUGAUGGUACUUAUGUCCCUUAUCGACCGGCCGCCGUUCGGGAUCCCAGAUUCUAUCACCACCCUGUCCCCACCCCAGCGGGCUUCCAUGAUUCUUUGCCCAGCUCACAGCUUCCAUAUCAAGCCAACUUAUGGCAACAGCAGCAGCAGUCGAACUCUUUCGCGGCCAUACCUGGUGCAGGUCCAUUUGCUCAACCUCAGCUAUUUUCGCCGGGCCAUCAACACACCAAUUCACUCGGGCUAGGUUACAUUAAUUCGGGCCAUUUGCUUCCCGACAGCAGAUACGCUGCGGCGUUGCAAGCGGCUCCCCAAAGCGGCUCGGAUGGCCUCUCACACGACCACACAAUCGAAAAUGAAUUUGGUUCCUCGUCUCCGAAUGGCCGACAGCGCGACAGAACCAUUCUCCCUCCCGUUCUACACGACGACUCCCCGCCUUCUCGCGCCACUCAAGCCUUAUCGCUCAUUACCAAAAUUUGCGACGAGGCAAAGUGGCAGUGGAUAGAUGGGAUGCACUUGGGCGGCUGUUUAGCCUAUGGGCUAGGCAAUUAUCAGAAAGCACUCCGCUGGUAUACAAAGGUUUUAGAAAUCGACCCCAAGCACCUUGAGGCAACAUCAAAUCUUGCAGCUACACUGCUUGCGCUCGGGAGACGUCAAGAAGCCGAGAGGCAUUGGCAGAAAGUUGUCAAAGCUGCUCCGAAUCACUUCGAAGCUGUGGAGCACCUGGUUGGUCUCCUUUGCAACGAUCAGAGAAGUAAAGACGCUAUCAAAGUCAUCGAGUACGUCGAGCGUUGUCUGCGACAGUCCAAGAGUCCGGAAACACUCAAGGUCUCAGAUCGGCAGAGUGAGACCUCAUCGACCGCCAGCAGAUCACCUGCCAUAUCAGAGCAGUCUGACAAGAUAUCCUAUGACUUUGAUGUGGACAACGAAGGCUCCUCUCUACUAGAUACGCGGCACACAGCGGAGUCAUCUGAGCCCGGCUUUGGGUCGAGCGGCUUUGCCAUUCCUGGAUGCGAUAAUGGGCGGAUCCUGGCUCUCAUCCAUGCGAAAGGCAACAUGCUGUAUGGCUUGGGUGACAAUGGCGGUGCGGCCAAAGCUUUCGAAGACGCUGUGCUCAUCGCUGCGGGCAGAAAUCUAGAAGGCAUCCAAGGACUCGUCCAUCACAUUCUCUCGGUCGUCACAUCCACCGUUCAACAACGUCUACCUCAUCAAGGCGCGCCAAGACAGCUAUCGCCGGAGCCUAUCCUCUUGUCGCCUGAGCAGGCCCUUGCAACUGCAAAAUUGUGCUUUCCCUACAUUGGCGAGCUACCUGGUUUACGGUAUGUAACAGGCGGCCCUCAGAGUCUUGCCAGAAAAGCAGUGAUUUCAACAACGAGCAACUCGUUGUUGUCGCUCGCCAAGAUCUUCCAGGAUGGCAUGUCGAAUGCAAGCCGGUCUGUCGGGGUCACGCCGCUUGCUCACGGCGUCCGGGACAUUCUCGCCCUGUACUAUCUAUCCCUGUCUCUUCAGCCCAGUCCAUCCACGGCAAAUAAUGUUGGCAUCCUCCUGGCAAGCGUGCAACAAGUCACCACCCCUUCGCCAACAACGCCGCAUCAACGCCUUGAUAUUCCUGGCGUCGCUCCGGGAAGCGGAGUUGCACUUGCCCUUCAGUAUUACAACUACGGAUUGCAACUAGACCAGCAACAUGCGCAUUUAUAUACCAACCUCGGCAGCUUGCUCAAGGAUAUCGGUCAGCUCGAUGCGGCCAUCAAUAUGUACGAGCGCGCAGUAAGCUGCGACGGUAAGUUCGACAUCGCUCUCGCGAACCUCGCAAAUGCCGUCAAGGACAAGGGUAGGAUCAGCGAUGCCAUUGUGUACUACAAGCGGGCCGUUGAGGUAAACCCGGAUUUUGCGGAAGCCGUCUGUGGCUUGGCGAAUGCACUCAAUUCUGUCUGCGGAUGGCAAGCUCGUGGUGGUAUUGCUGAAGAUGGUGGCAAGAGAGACAGAUGGCAUGUCGAUACUAACGGCAUGCUGCUGGAUGCCAGGCAAGCCGGCGCGAGCAGCUCGGGCUGGAUCAAGCGAGUCAUCGACAUUGUCGAGAAACAGCUUGCGGAAGGUGAGACCUGGGGUCGCGGUUCACUGGGGCCAACAUCACUUGAAGAUCUGGUCCAGCAACUAACCAUUUUGGACGGACGCCCUGAUGAGGUCGCUGAACGAGAGCGCAGCCUUCGGAAGAUGCUAUCUGAAUGGACAGGACAUCGAUGGGAAGGUGCCCGGAUCACAAGACUUGUGGAGCGUGCGACGAGGCGCAUUGGCUGGCACUGGUACCGCGAUCUCUACGUGAAGAAGCGACAGCGAACCCCAACAAGCUACAACAGGCCUCGACUGCCAGCAGCACUUUUCGUGCCCGCAGCGCCGACCGUCUUGCCAUUCCACACAUUCACCUGUCCGAUGUCGGCAAAGCAGAUCCGACUCAUAUCGCAACGCAAUGGCCUCAGAAUUUCCGUAUCAACCCUUCGUUCGCCUUGGCUUCCAAAGCAGGUGUACCCGCCCCCGAAACCGCCCUCGCCAUGCCUGCGCGUUGGAUAUGUGUCCUCCGACUUCAACAACCACCCGUUGGCACACUUGAUGCAGUCAGUCUUUGGCAUGCAUGACCUGGACCGCGUGGAAGCACAUUGCUACGCGACGACAGCCAGUGACAACUCCAGCCACCGCCAGCAAAUCCAGAGCGAAGCACCGGUUUUCCACGAUGCAAGCAGCUGGUCCGCCGAAAGAUUGGUCAACCAAAUCGUGAAAGAUGGCAUCCACAUCUUGGUGAAUCUCAACGGAUAUACGCGUGGCGCUCGCAAUGAAGUCUUCGCCGCGAGACCUGCUCCCAUCCAGAUGUCUUUUAUGGGAUUUGCAGGGACUCUCGGUGCCGAAUGGUGCGACUAUCUCCUCGCGGACGAGACAGCCGUGCCUGUGGAUACCUUACGGCCAUGGCGCAGGAACGUGGAUCUGGAAGACAAACUGCAGGACGAAAAAAGUGCAAGCGAGAACGACGAAUGGGUGUACGGUGAGAACAUCAUCUACUGCCGAGACACGUUCUUCUGUUGUGAUCAUAAGCAGAGCGCGCCUGACGCACACGAGCGGCCACUCGACUGGGAGGAGGAGCAGAGACGACGGUGGAAGAUGCGGAAAGAGCUGUUCCCACAACUUGCAGAUGACACCAUCAUUUUCGGCAAUUUCAAUCAGCUCUACAAGAUCGAGCCGACCACUUUCCGCACCUGGCUACGCAUUCUCGCGCGUGUGCCGAAUUCUAUCUUGUGGCUCCUUCGCUUUCCCGACCUUGGCGAAUCACACUUGCUCGCAACAGCACGCAUGUGGGCGGGAGCUGAGGUCGCUUCGCGUGUCAUCUUCACAGAUGUGGCACCCAAGCACCUUCACAUCUCUCGGGCUCGAAUUUGUGACUUGGUGGUGGACACAGCGGAGUGCAACGCUCAUACAACUGCUGCUGAUGUGCUCUGGAGUGGCACGCCUUUAUUGACACUUCCGCGAUAUCCAUACAAGAUGUGCAGUCGAAUGGCCGCCAGCAUCUUGAAAGGCGCUUUGCCCAAGAAUGCCGAGGGCGAACGCGCUGCUAGGGAGCUCAUUGCUGCGAGCGAAGAAGAGUACGAGGAAAAGGCGGUGGCUCUUGGCAAAUCAUUUUCUUAUGUUCAAGGUGGGCAGGGCGUUGGCCACGGCAGGCUGAUGGACCUCCGGAAGAUGCUUUUCCACGCACGAUGGAAGAGCGCGCUCUUCGACACGAAGAGAUGGGUUCAAGAUCUCGAAGACGCGUACGAAGAAGCUUGGAAACGGUGGGUUGGGGGCGAAGGUGGCGAUAUUUGGCUUGAGCAC